CGCUGCACGGCACGCCAGCUGCACGCGCUCCCGUCCACUGUUUGACAAAACCUCCUUGGUUUGACUGCGCGAGCAGAACGUGUGCGGCGGUAAUGGCUGCCAGGGAGAGUGAGGAAGACAACAAAUGAACCCCCGAGAAACGACUCAAAGCGAGGACUAGGAUGGUUAGCAGCCAACCCAAGUACGAGCUGAUCCAGGAGGUGGGUCGUGGCAGUUACGGCGUGGUCUAUGAGGCACUGGUGAAGCGCACAGGCGCCAAGGUGGCAGUGAAGAAGAUCCGCUGUCACUCUCCAGAGAAUGUUGAGCUUGCCCUGCGGGAGUUCUGGGCCCUCAGCAGCAUCCAGAGCCAGCACCCGAACGUAAUCCACCUGGAGGAGUGCAUCCUGCAGCGGGACCAGCUGGCCCAGAGGAUGAACCACGGCUCCAGCUCCCCGCUGUACCUGGAGCUUGUGGAGACGUCUCUAAAAGGUGAGAUCACAUUCGACCCAUGCUGUGCCUACUACCUGUGGUUCGUCAUGGACUUCUGUGAUGGCGGUGACAUGAACGCCUACCUGUUGUCGCGCAAACCCAGCCGGAAGACCAACACCAGCUUCAUGCUUCAGCUGGGCAGCGCCCUGGCCUUUCUACACCGCAACCAGAUCAUCCACCGUGACCUCAAACCAGACAACAUCCUCAUCUCGCAGGGUUGCACGUCAGCCGGAUCACCAGAACCCACGCUCAAAGUGGCCGACUUUGGCUUGAGUAAGGUCUGCUCCACCUCUGGUCUCAACCCCGAGGAGCCGGCCAGCGUCAACAAGUGCUUCCUGUCCACAGCGUGCGGAACAGACUUCUACAUGGCCCCAGAGGUGUGGGAGGGCCACUACACGGCCAAGGCAGACAUCUUUGCCCUGGGGGUGAUCAUAUGGGCCAUGGUGGAGCGCAUCACCUUUGUGGAUGUGGAGACUCAGAAGGAGCUGUUGGGGAGCUAUGUGCAGCAGGGUACAGAGAUUGUACCUUUAGGGGAGGCCCUGUUAGAAAACCCAAAGAUGGAGCUGCUGAUCCCUGCGAGGAAAAAGAGCAUGAACACCCACAUGAAGCAGCUCAUCAGGGAGAUGCUGUCGGCCAACCCUCAGGAAAGGCCCGACGCUUUCGAACUGGAGCUCAGGCUGGUCCGGAUUGCCUGCAGAGAGCUCGACUGGGACACGUGAUGCACCUAAAGGCAGCACAGACUUGGCCUACUCAAGCACAUGUACACAUCUCAUCAGCUACUGUCAUACACAACUGGGGAACAGUAACUAGACUUUUCAUUGUUUUGUGUCCUCAUCCACUGUCCAAGCACAUAACGUCCUGUACGAGCUGUGUGUUUAUACUGCAUAAUAGAGGUGUAACACCCACCGCUGCUGCUCCACACUGCAGCUUAAGUCUCAGGCUAUUCUCAUCACAGCUUCCACUUCUUCCUAAUACAGUGUCUAGAGUUGAUGAAUCCCAACAGGUGAUCACAUCUUAAGCUACGUCCACACUAACACAUUGUCUAAAAUGGAGACUUUGGAAUUGAUGAUGGAAACACUCAUAUUGUUGUUGCAUAGUUAACUGUGUAAUGUAUCCCUCCUUAACUUUUGCGUCCCUUUAUGUCAGUGGAUACUGAGUUACAGGCAUUUAUGUCCUUGCUGUCUAUGUCGACAGUUGUGCUGUUAAAUUCUACAUUUUAUCAUGUUCUUACUGGAGCUGCGUAAUAUGGCCACGAAUGUCAACAUGAUAAAAGUUAGAAGAUAUCAAUAAUUACCAUGAUAAAUCGUCUUUCAAGUUUAAAUCUGAUGUUUGGUCUUGAGUGAAAUUUGAAGAAAACAGAUUAACUUAUGGUUUUACAUCUAGAAUAUGAUUAACAUUUGCGAAACAGAAAACACAAAAUUGUGGAAAUCUAGAGUGGGAACGUUGAUAAAUAAAUGAAUACAAGUAUGAUCCUUAAAAUAUACGGGACUAAAAUUAAGUAAAACAGCAAAACAUUUUGAUUGCAUUUUAAAAUGCUGUUAAUGUGGACGUAGCCUGAAAGUCAAAAUGACAGGCAUAGCAGGUUGCAAGUUUGUCUACAAAUCCCACCUGGAACUCGGUGCUAAUUGUUAACUGAAUGCAAUAUGAGACGGUGUCCUGUGAUCAUUACAGUGUCCAUUUCUCCAAAGGGCCAAUACUGAAGCCAGUCACCUCAGUGUGUGGAAUGUGUAAAGCCAUGGGUGGCUUUGAUCAAACUCGACUCUCAAACCAAUAACUGCCUGGUACAUGACCACCAGCAUUAAGAUUUACUCAAUACAAUAUUUGCAUGAGUUUCUAUAAUAUUUGCAGACAUGCCCUGAUCUCUCAGGUAUUAAAAAUGUAAAACAGCCUGAUGGAAUUUGUAGGCAAACGCCUGUUCAGCUCAGUAGUCGGGGCUCUGUGCCCUCUGAGAGGAAAAACCCCAAACUCUGGUGCUUGACUUUUCUGUUUUCUCAAAAGGCUGCUUCACUGGGUGUGUGGGUGGGGAACAUUUAUCCGUUUAUCAGAAAGCGUCCAGCCCAGCAGGUGCUUGUGGUCAGCGUUUUCCCCCUUGUCUGCUUCAAGAUAAGUUGAUUGAUCCCAGACACACCCCGAGCCACUUAACCCGAAUGUAUAACAAGACGGAGACAGAUCACCUUUAUUUAUAUAGAGCCUUAAACACAAGCACCUCACACAGCUCAUCAGAAAUGAGUUUAGUUGUGAUGGUACAUGUAUACAUCUCUGCAGACCGGUAUGCAGAGGUGACUGUUGGCCGGAGAUAUACUUAGUUUUAACAAUGUUCGAAAUGUUGGCUGCCUUGUGUAGCGUUGUGCAGCUGCUUAGAGCAUCAUUUGUACACAUUCUCAUUACAUGCUGUCUGCACAUGAACAGUAGGGCUAGUGCGAGGUGGUAUUUUAUUAUUAUUAUUCCUUAACCCUAGGGUGACCAAGCUGUCCAACUGAACUGACUAGCUCACCAUUUGUGUUUUGCUGUAUAAUCGGUGACUAUAUUUGUAUUCAAGAACACAAGAAAUAUACUUUAACGUCUAUGAUCUUCCUGUAGUCAUCAGAGUUAACAAAUUACAAACUAACUUAAGUGUCCCCAUGUUUAAUGGUUACAUCAUAAUGUCCCAUAGUUCUAUACUGUUUGAGUUCCCAUGUGCCCUCUAGUGGAACUUCCUGUAUGAAAAAGGAGCUUGGUGAUGCAGCCAGUUCUACAGGCAAGAUGUUCAUAGAUGUUUUCUCUUUGAGACUUUGAACAGAUAUUGAAAUUACAUAACAAAUUCCUAUAGCAUCUAUAUAUUUCAAUGACCAUUCCAUUGUAAAAUGUUAAAUAAAUGCAGUCAAUGCACAUAGGCUCACAUAUCCAUUCCAGGUAGCAGUUUUUCGUUAGAAAUGGGUCAGAUGAAAAAUCUGAGCUCAACAGACCAGAGUAGCCAAAAUGAAUUGUCACAUCAAAGCAUUAUUAUAUAUUUUAGUGUGGAUACUUGUUUGGAAGUAGCACGUUUACGGGAACAUGUAGUUAAAAGUAGCAUAUCUCCGGCCAUAGAAGUAAUUGCAGAUCUCAGAAUCUUGCAGAGUAGCAGAGGCCCAAACCUUAAGACCAGAACUUAAUUUGUUUAAAUCAGCUGUCAAAUAGACACCAUUAUCUAAGAUGUCCAUUCACAUGUACAAGAACAAGCUGUGUUUUCUUAUGAAACAUUACUGCAGCAUGGGUGUCAUUGACAUAUUUUUCAGUAAUUCCUUCUUGAUUUGCUUUACCAACAGCAUUGAUACUCACUCAUGUUUCUUGGGCUGUUUCUGGCCAAAGCAUGAAAAGAAUAUAAAUGUUGUAAUAAACUUGAGUUACCCAUUAACAGAAAAAUCCAAAACAACCAGGAACACUGAAUUAAACUAGGUUGACCUGCAUU